CAGGUUGGAGUCGCACCCCCAGAACGAGCACUUCUCGAUUUAUUUCAUUUCUUCCAGGCGACACGACACCCCCCCCCUCCCCCAGGCUGUAAGACGCCGACUCCUCCGAUUCCCACCGUCAGGCGAGGAGCUGGGAGCAGCCUCUCAGGAUGGGAGGCCGGCGGUCUCCGUUAGAACCGGGAACACCGUGCCAGGCAGAGUUAUGGGGUGACCUCGGGGUGCUCGAAGAGGAUGAGGAGCUGGAGGGUUUCAGGCGGGAGGUGGAAGUUCUACGUGAGAAGCUGAGGGAGGCUCUCAGUCAUACAUCUGGUAACAAAAGGCAGUCCAGUUCUUUGACCGACCUCACCUCGGACAGUACCUGGGAUCGGCAAAAGCCUCACUUAUUUCCUAAAUCCCGCUUAAGGCCAAAAAGUGCUUCAUCUCCCUGGAUUCCUUCCAUCACCAUCCCUCAGCCUUUCAAAAUGACACUGCGGGAAGCUCGCAAAAAGUCUGAGUUGAUGAAGUCAUACAUGUUUCUUGAACUAGACAAACAGAGAGACAAAAGGCAAAGCCAGGAUGAAGCCGAAUGUCAGAAACAAUUCCGGGCACAGCCUGUACCUGCCCAUGUGUUUCUGCCCCUUUAUCAGGAAAUAAUGGAGCAGAAUGAGAUUCGCAGGCAAACAGCAAUGCAGAAAAGAAAGGAGCUGCUACUUUCAACACAGCGGCCCUUCAGUUUCCUGGAGAAGGAGGAGAAAAAGAAAGAAGCUAUCAGACAAAAAUUCCUGUCAGCAGCAACCCCAAAUGAGAGCUCCAAACAGAAGCAAGACAGUAAAAAAGUUCCUAAAUCUACUUACCACCCACUUCUUGGAAAUAAACUCAAAGAAGCUGAACUCUACAGAGAAAUCCGCAUUCAAAUGAGAGCAAAGGAUUUGCUUGAGAGCUCAGUGGCUCCAAUAGACACCAGCAACUGUCGGAGGGAGCCUCAGUCCCGAACUGCCACCAAAACCAAGCAGGAAAGGCUUGGCUUCUUGCAGGACAAAAGUUUCAGCUUCAAGCCAAGGAUUAAUCCAACAAUACCGGAUUUUGAAGAACUUUACUGGGCAUUUCAGAAGGAAGCAGUAAGGAGACAAGAAAUCAAAGAGCCAACUCGUAAUAAGCCAUUCAAGCUAAGAACCUCCAAUCUCCGUGCCAGGCAGAGGCAGGCUAAUGAAAAGAUAAAGGAUUCUGAGAAGCUUUCCAAGGUUUCAGUGGAAAGAAGUCAUUCUCUGACCAGACUUUCUUCUCUCUCUUCCAACACCCUUCCAGUGCAUAUUACCGAUGCAACUAGAAGAAGGGAAUCUGCUAUUAGACACUCCCAAGUUAACAAAAAGGAAGCGGAUAAAGAAGGAAUUAAUUGGCUGGAGAAACAGAAAACGAAAUGUCAAGCUAUGCAGAAGUCAGUGAACAGCCGAGCAAAAGCACUGGAUCCUCAUAAAAGUCUGGAGGAAACACAAAAGGAGAAGUCGAAACAGAACCGGCAAAAUAUGAGAGAGAGAACAAAAGAAUACAGAAAGGAGCUGGAAGAAAUGCAGCUGCGAGUCAAGAGCAGACCAUACCUCUUCGAACAGGUCACCAAGUGUCAGUUAGGACUCAGACACAAGUAUGCUAGUCUGGUAAGACUGGAAUGCAGUAUAAGGAGAAUAGAAGAAGGAAGAAAAAAAGAUCAGAAGCAGGAAAAGCACGAUGCUCGUCAAGGAGCAGAACGUCGCUACAGAAACACUCUCCAGCAGGUUGGCCUGAGCGAAGAAUUUGUAAGAAGAAAAGGGAAAGAUGCCACUGACUUGCUGGAAGAAGAAUCUGAUGUACACAGAGUGCCCAAGCCUCCGGGUGAAAAGGACGACUGUACUGUACAGGAAGGAGUACCUCAGGAGGAACAGAGCAGAAAGGAACCAGCAGCAUAAGAGCUAGCAGAAGAAUCCAUUGAUCAUCUCUUGAUUUUUUAAAUCCAGGAUUCUCCAGGUUAAUCCUCAGGAACUUAAUGGUUUAAGCUGACACCUAAGAAUGGCUCUGGGGUAAGUGAGAUGGGAGAAUUUAGUAAAGAAAAAAAAGACCAACUUGUUUUGAGCAUGUCUUGUCCAACCCAGCAAAGCCUGCAGCCUCCCUUAGUCUUCACAAGUGUUCCUUGUGUGAGCCAUUUCCCUUUCUUUAAUGGGCAACAAGUUAAAAAGGUUGAAGCACUAUCUUUGGAUAAAAGUAGAUAUGAAAGAUUGAAGAGGUGCAUCCUCUAUUGUCAGCUCCUUGCAUUCAUGCCACAGAAGCACACCGGAAGAGGAGAAUGCCCUUUAGUGUGCUAAACCUUGGUUUAGACAUAUAUGCGGUAGAAUGCUUCCAAACAAGGUACUUCUACAAAAACAAAUACCGGGAUUUGACCUACCUUGGGAGAAGACUCAAAAGGAAGUCUUUCUCUGGAGUUAACUCUUCGUUCAGUCACUAGUCCCUAGUAAGAAGCAAUAGUCUUCCUAUACUAAAAAAUCUCCCAUAUUUCAUUAUUUGAAAGUGUUUUAACAUCUUACCAAUUUAAGUCAUUAAUUUGGCCCAAAACCCAACCAGAAUUAUAAGAAGGUUGUAAUUAAACAGGGUAUCACUUUGAAUUGCUGUUGUCCUAAUUCUACUAUUACUGUGAUAUUAAAAAUGGUUUUUGGUAGAAGUAAGAUUAGGUAUUACCUGUCAGCAUGUUGCACUCAAAUGCCUGGCACAUCUUGAAUAGUAUAUUUCACACAUUAGUGAUCUUCCUUUACCUGACAGUAAUAACCAUUUCAGAAGUAAAAAUCCGUGCCACCUGGAAUGUUUCCUGAGAAUUUUGCACUUUGAGAUUAAAAUAUUUUCAAAUGGCUAUCAUGUUCUUCAGUGUUCAGUUUCCUUGUCAAUCAUCUUUCCUCACUUUUUAAAUAGAAGCUUUUUUUGUCAUCUCAAUCCUUUUCUCCUGUUACACUUGCAGUUGUAACAAUGCAACUGCAUCAUCAAAUCAGAAAUACAGUACCUGUAAGAGCUACCACAUUAGAUAAAAUAUAAAACUGAGAUAGUGACAUUUUUAAUCAUAACAAAGUACUAAAUCCAAGAAUUUGUGGCCCAGGGGUUUCAUGCUGCUACGUUACAGAGAUCAAUACGUAGCUAAUGCACUGGACUGCAGCAUUCCUCCUUCCUGACUCAGUCUCCGCACUGACAACAGGCUUGGAGGGUUUGAGGGUGGCUGUUACCAGUGUACCAGCUUCUCCACAGGUGUAAUUGUGUAGGAUAUACAGAGGCUGUUCUUUCUCGGGGUACUCCCUGGAAAAGAGCAGUGAUGUAACCAUAUUGUCACCAUGCUUUGUCACAUGGAAAGAGGAAGGAGAGAUUACUUCCACGAUCUAAGUCCUAGGCUUGUAUGGAUAUAUAUGUGGAACAGUGGGACUGAAAUUUGAAAACAUACAUUUUAAGGGCUAUUUAGUAAAAGUGGUUGCUAAUUUCCACAAUAAUAGUUAAUGAUGCUGGAAAAAGAAAUUUCCAAGUAUGUGAAGUGUAGAGGGAAAUCUUAAGAAAGGAGAAACAAAAGCUUGACUUUAAAUUAAUAUGAUAAUAUGCCAUAUCCCUUUAAGAAAUACUACGGUGACAUGCAUGAAUAUAAUAACAGAUAAAUUCAAAUCUUAAAAUUGGUCCCUAAAGAGAAAUUGCUGCAAUGGUGGUGAAAGUAAAGGCAUCAAACUAAGUAAGUAAAACUCACUAACAUCUCUCUUGCUAAAAGAAGUUUUAUUCUGAAAGGAGGAUUACAUUUCUGUAAUCCUAAAAGAGAUUUGUCAUCUCUUAAUAUGUCUCAAAAAUGGUAAGGAAGUAAA